GUCCUCCCUCCUGUAGUGCUCUGCUGGGGCGCGCGCAGUUGCGUCUACCUUGGUGGUUCCACCCUACCUGUGUCGUGCCUCCCGGAGUGUCAGGAGCCCCAGCCUCUCUCAGGUUAUCCUCGCGAGGCCGGAGUCGCCAGGGGAAGGGCCGGGGUCUCUUCGGGCUUAAAUCGAGUUAAAGAUGCCUCGGAGGAAGAAGAAAGUUAUAGAAGCUACUGAAUCUGAGAGAUUGGAGGAAAAUGAAAUCCUUGAAGUAAAGAAGGUCGAAAAUUCAUUCAUUGUCAUCUCUGAUAGUGAUGAGGAACCUGGGGAAGAGAAUGGAUUGCUGAGGACAAGGACAAUGCAGCAGUUGGAUAGAGCAAAGUGUGCAGCCAAAAGAAAAAUAACACAGAUGACAGAAGAAGAACAGUUUGCUUUGGCUCUGAAAAUGAGUGAACAGGAAGCGCAGCAAGUGAAUGACCAGGUGGAAGAAGAAGAGGAGCUCUUAAGGAAGGCCAUUGCUGAGAGCCUGAAUAGUUGCCAGCCUUCUGAUUCUUCUCCUGCAAGACCUGCACAGUACCACCAAGAGAAACCAGUGGUUUCUGAGACUCCCGAAUGCUUGUUUCCUUGUCCUGAAUCUCCACACUCAUCUGUCCCAUCCCUGUCACAGGGAUCUCAGUCAGAACAGACAGAAAUGCCUAAAAGCCCUCUUGUGAUGCUGAAGAGGUUAAGUCAAGAAAUAGUUGAAAACUCAUUAUCAGGCAUAAUCUUAUCUCAAGAAAAGAGCCAAUGUUCGCUUAAAUCCAAUGAAGCACCUUCCUCACCCAUGUUAAGUGACUCUAGUGAUAAUUUAUCAAGUCCUCCUUGUAAAAAACAAUUUGUCCUGAGUCCUACCUUUUCUCGAGUACCUAUAGGAACGUGGCAGCUGGUACCUCGAAAAUUGUUUGCAGACUCAUGUGUUAGCCAAGAAGAGGAAAUGGAGGAAAGAGAGAAGUGUUUGGAUCACACUGGAAACUUGGAGGUGCAGCCAGUCGUUGGCAGUCCAGGAACUGGGGAUAAACUUAACCAGGCAGUUGUUGAGAGUAAGAGCUCUAACCUUUUUGAUGGUGGGACUAGCCAGUGGGCUGAGGAUACAAAGUAUAAACAGCCUAAAGAAAAUAGUAAACUAGGCUGUGGUUCUUUCAUGGCUACACAAGGGAAAGAAAAGACAUUUCAACCCUGCCUCCCUAAUGCAAUUGAUGCUAAGUUUCUGCGGGAGGAAAUUGGAAGCCGUGUACACUAUUACUGGGGCAUUCCAUUCUGUCCUGCUGGAGUGGACCCUACCCUGUUUACUAAGAUUAUUCUGUGUCAGCUAGAGGUUUAUCAGAAAAGCCUGAAAUUGGCUCAGAGGCAUCUUUUGCAGAAAAAAGAGUUUGGAGACCCAGUAUUGCCCAGCUCUUAUUCCCUGUCGCAAAAGGAUCAUGAUGCAGGAAAGCAAGUCAAAGGAGUAACUGAAGCUACCACAGAAGAGAUAGGAAAUAACAGAGAAGCAAGGAAAGAAUUACGGGCAUCCACCUUGCGCCAAAAAAGUAAGAAUACCUACAGGAGUCCAUUGGAGAAUUUGAAAGAAAAGCCUUUGUUAGAGGAAAAACCAACAACCAGUCAUCAUCAGAAUUCCCAGGUCUUAUUUGCUGAGGAUAUACCUGAAGAGGAUGAAGUUAUGACGAUUACAUCAAGCUCCACUGCUCUAAGCCCACUGACCAGUAAGAGAAGCCCAGUCAUUGCCAGGGGAAGCUCUGCAGAAGAGAUCACUGUUUGCCCAGAGACCCAACUAAGUCCAUCUGAAGUUCUUGAACUAGAAAGAGAAGAGGAGUGCCUAUCUACUAAAGAAAGACCUAAGGCUGCUGUCAAUGAAAAUAUUGAGAAGGAAAUGUCUGCCUCCAUCUUCUCGGCUCACAUCCAGGUGUCCUGCCCAAUGUGUGACCAGGGUUUCCCGCCCACAGAAAUUGAGCUGCAUGCCAUGUAUUGCAAUGGUUUAGUGGGGGAGGAAAGCAGACACUCACCAGUGUUAACUCGGAAAAGGAAACAGGACAAGCAUAAGAGUGACAAUGGGAGAGAGAUCCAGCCUUCCCUAGACAUUGACAAGACUGAGAAAUGUUACCUCUGCAAAUCCCUGAUUCCUUUCAAAGAGUAUCCAAGGCAUGUAGACUUGUGCCUUCAGAUUGCAACAGAUGACCAAGGAAACAAACUGGAAAGAGACAAUGGAGAGCCUUCAGGUUGUGACAGAAAAAGCAUGAGGCAGAGGAACACAAGGGAAGGCAAUAGGAAUGAAGGCCGACUCCUCAGCUUGUUGGAGCAGUCAGAACAUAAGUCUGCAGAUAUUAAUAUGAAGCCAGAGUCAUCAGGAGAAGCUUUCAGGUCUCUUCCCUCAGAGAUGGAGAAGGCAGAUGGUAGCAGAGGAGACCAGAGCUCCUUUAACUUAAAUGACUCUCCUAUCAAGUCUUUUGUUUCUAUUUCGGAAGCCAAGGAUUGCCUGGUGGACUUUAAAAAGCAACUUUCCAUUCGACCAGGCAAUCGGAAACGGACCAAAGCGAGCAGAGGAAAGAGGAGAAAAUCUUGAACCUCUCAGAAUGGAGGAUUGACAAAUUCUGAGAAGAAAUAUAUGGCUGGACUUCUUUUCAGCAGGCCCUCCACUAUUCUUUUUUUUCCUGUUGGUUAGGGUCACUCCAUACCGCCUGUCAUUGCUAGCACAAUUACACAGUCUUUAAAAAAAAUAUUUUCUAUGAUCUGUAUAGGGAAAUGAUGUAUAGAAUUUGUGUUUUCUAAUUGCUUGUUUGAAAUUGCUUAUAGUUCAAAGAAAAUUUAAAUAUAUUUAUGUAUGUUUCUAUGAAACUCUGAGGCAGUAAGGUUUUCCUUUCUUGUCUUUGUCUUUGGUUCCUAAUGUCAGAUGUACUAGUUUUGGAGAUAGGGAAUAUUACAGAUCAUGUAUUUCAGAAUUAAAUGCAGCAUUGGCUUUGGAUGUGUCACCAAUAUUCUUCUUGAUCUUAAGUCAGUGUGCAUUGUAUAUUCCCAAGCCCUUUCUGUGGUCACUCCCUUGAACUUUUUAGCGCUCUCCCCCUGAGUUUCAUUCCAAGAAGCUCCAUCUGUCUGCAACAUUCUUCAUCUGCUUGAUGUUUCCUGGCAUCAUUCUAUAGUCUACACACCAGACAAAAUUAUAGUUGGCCAUUCCUAGCAGCAUUUCUUCCUAAAAUAAGAGAGUACUUUGAAAUCAGUCAUUUGUCCAGUCUUACUAGACUCCUGUUAGAUGUAGCCAUUUCCCCUUCACAGCAUAGCCAGUGGGAAUGUUAGGUCUAAUGUUCUCAGUUAGAAAUUAGCUCAGCUCUGCUUAAUAUCAGAGGUAACAGAGGCAGCAGAGAGCAUCUCUUGAUUUCCUGGUGAGUUGCACCAUUGGAUGCUUCCAGUGUAGAGCAGAGAUGUGGCCCAAACUUUAUCUAAUAUCCUAGCAGGAUUUAAAUCUAAAGAUGAUAAAACAUAAUAGGAAAAGGUGUGCAAGGUAUAUGAAAGAGGAAGCUGGGUGUAAUGGAGCCAGGAUUAUCCCCAUUUUACAGAUGAGGAAACUGAAGCAAGGUUAAGUGCCUUUCCCAGGCUACACCAUUAGUGUCUGAGGCCAGAUUCAAACUCUGGUCCUUGGAAUGGGGGUGGGGUGGGGGCAGUUUUGAAUCCUGGCUCUCCUUAAUACCGAGGUGACCUUGGAGAAGUCAUUAACGUUAGGCCUCAGUUUCCUCACCUUUAACAUGGAGGUUUGGACUACAUAAUCUCUACGGUUCCUUCCAGUACUAAAUCCUGUGAUUGUUCUGUAAGAUUCUUUGUGGCAAUAAAUCCCCAAAUUCAGCUGAUAAGAGAUAUUGACAGAGAGCUAGGUUUGGUCAAAGCCUCUUUGAAGGCACACCAGGAAGGUAAAGGAAGUGGCACCUGACUGAGAAUGGACCUUUGACCAGGGAAGCCUCAGCCAGACUUGGUUUCCUCUGACUUCUACUUUUGAAGUCCAAAAUUUUUGUUUUUGAGAAGUGGACUGCAAUUUUUAUUGGGUCUGGGAAGAUUUGGUCUAGAUUUCCAAAGGCAUGUGGGUUAAAAGACACAAUUCAGGUCUAAGUUCUGACUGAAACUACCCCCAUAUUGUUUCAGGGUGUGGGGUGCUGCCAUUUAGUUUUUACUCUUUUGGAAAGAUGGGAAAUAAGGAAACACAAAAGCCUGGGUUCUUUUUUGGUGAAAGAAGGCAAGACUGUGGGGCAACCUAAAUGUAUGCUGUCACUCUUGCUUCUUCCAAAGUGCUCCCUCGUGUCCCCAAGGGGUAGCAGUGUGACAAUGGCACCAUUCACUGGGGGUAUUGUGACCUGUACCAAGCAGUCAUUCUGUACUCAUGAGAGGGAGACCCCUCUACUUCUCUUUGGUUCUAAGAAAAAUGUUGCAUUUUGACUGUGGUAUUGAUUCUUGCCCUGUUUUUCCUCAUAACGAAAAGCAGUUUAUCAGUUAUGCACCAUCAGCUCAACUCAUGCUAGUUUUCUCUCUCAUUAAAUGGCAAUUUAUUGAAGGUAGAUCUCCAUAAACAGGGGAUGUAGUGUUUAUUUCUUUGAAGAUAAAGGAAACAAAGAGCUGGUCCCGGAAAAUGAAUUACUUUUCCUUAAGGUUGAGUAGUCACCAUGCAAGUUUGGGUCAAUUGAAGGAGGAUAUGGAUUAAGAAAAUGGAAACCAAAGAGUGGCAGUUAUAUCACGAAUUCACAAACAGGAAUUUGGGGGUUUUGGGGGGGCAGGGUUCCUCUUAAUAUUUACUUUUUAGGGGUAGAGAAUAAUUUAAAUCUUUCACCAACACCGUACAUCAGCUUCAGUCUUACUCUAGAAUCUCCCACAGCACCUGGGGCCUUCUCACCCUAGAACAUCUCAUCGGCAAGUUCCUCCCGGUGCUUCUGUUUGGGGGGGGGGGAAUCUGAGGCUUCUGACUUUCCAGACCUAAACACCAUAUGCCUGUGCCAGGUCCUUUCAUCUCUCCUCGACUGUUCCAGCUUUCUUUUGUAUGUUGUCUUCUCCCAUAAGAUUGUAAGCUCCCUGAGGGCAAGGUCUGUCUUCUUGCUUAUAUUUAUUUGUAUCCCCAGAGUUUAGCCUAGUGCCUAACACAUAAUGAA